GCAACAGCGGUCCAAAGCGCGCACCCGUCAGCGGCGGAGAGGAGAGGACUGAAGGCGGCAGAAAGACGAAUAAACCCCAAUUAACCGAUUUUUUUUCCCCCCCCUGAACGUCCCGCUCACCAAACACAACCAAGAUGUCAGAGGAAAAGCCAAAGGAGGGAGUAAAGACAGAGAACGACCACAUCAACCUGAAGGUGGCAGGGCAGGACGGGUCAGUGGUCCAGUUCAAAAUCAAAAGACACACACCCCUCAGCAAACUAAUGAAGGCGUACUGUGAACGACAGGGUCUCGCAAUAAGGCAGAUAAGGUUCAGGUUCGAUGGUCAGCCCAUCAACGAGACGGACACACCUGCACAGCUGGAGAUGGAAGAUGAAGACACCAUAGACGUAUUCCAGCAGCAGACAGGCGGGCUCUGCUAGGCCCUUCCCCAUCUCAUUGACGGCCACCCUCAGACUACACCCUCAACCCCCUUCACUACCCCUCCCCUUCCCAUCACUCCUUUCAGCCUAUUAUUAUUAUUAUUAUUAUUAUUAUUAUUAAUAUUAUUAUUAUUUCUCCCCUUUAAAGAUGUCUGUUAUGGUUUCUCGUCAGGUGUAUGGGGGGGGGGGAGGCGGGGUGGGAGGGGCUCCUCAGCUGUUUAUAUUCUGUCUCAGCAAGGACUGAACUUUUGUGAGCUUCAACAGUCUCUGUGCUGGCCAAUCAGGACAUCAUUUCCUUCUGCCACCGCAGGCUGUGAUUGGACCACCGUCGCGUCACAGCGCUUCCUGGUUUGUCAGUACUUCUCGUACGCUCUCCAGUGAAAUCUUAGUAUCUAGUAGUUUGUCACGGUUUUGCAUCCAUCAGGGUCGAAUGCUGGGCUCUUAAAGAUUUUUUUUUUUUCCCGGGUUCACAGUCGGUGGGCAAGAAAUGUUUUGAAGGGGAAGCACUAUCUGAACUUACACGCCCACCUUUCAUUUCACCUCGCUUUCUUUUGUGUAUGUUUUUUUUUUUUUUUGUCCGAGCGGUGACUUCUGCUCCUCUGUCAAAAUGUAUUUUAAUUCUCUACAUUUUAGGUGCUUUUGCUUAAGAGUUCUGCAAUGUUUUUGUAAUUUUUUUUGAUUCUUCUUUUAAGAAUGAACAACCAGGGGGCUUGUUGCUUUUUCUUUUUUUUUUUUGCCUGUACAGAAGUAUCAGAGUGGAUGUUAGAUAAAUGUUGUGGGGCUUGGACCAAUACUCCAAAGACAGAACUUCUGUUUCAUAUUUCAUGAUGGAUCACUUUGAAAGCAAACGAUCAUGUCGUAUAUUAAGGGAGUUUUUAUUUCAUCAAUGUUAUUUGCUUCCUGUUUGACUUCAUAUUGAUAGAAGUUCACUGUGGGUAUCUGGUACACACUACUAUUCAGUCAUCCAGAUGAAGCCUGUGUUUUUUAGGGAAAUGUAAUCAAAACCAUUAAGCUGCAUCCUUUUUUUUUUCUGGACUUGAUUUGGUUCUUGCUAAAGAGAGCCACUCGACAUGGAAACCAUAACAAUUUAUUUCCCCCUCCUGUUUUCAAUUGAAGCCGGCCACAGCCUGGUCCCUUUUGGUUUUUUCACAAGCAGCUGUGCUUGUGGGGUUAUCAAUGUGGGAUGAAGUACUGGGUGGCCUGUAGGGGCAAAUAACUGGAAGCGUGUUCCUUGAUGCUGUUUUGGGGUCAGCUCUCUCAUCUUUGUGAUGUCCUCACGAAUGUAGGCUUAUUCUAGAUGUGUUUUAAAGAGGAACGGCUUCCAGUUUGAGCAAAGAUAUCCACUAAAGUUGGUAUGUUCUUUUUUUUGUUUUUUUUUUAUGCAACACUGCUGUAUAUCAACUGUCCAGCUCCUAACUUGUGUGUAAAAAAAUAAAUAAUAAUAACAGGCCAUUUCUUUUAAAAAGCAGUGGAGCCAUCCAAAGUGGUGAUGAGUGUUUCCAAUAUUUUACAAUUUUGGAGAUGGAUGCAUGCGGUGUGUUGCAUUUCAGGAGGGCAGGGAGGCCAAACGAUGGCGUUUGGGAGCUGAGUGUUCUGUACCCACAGGGCCCCGUUCUUCGUACCCAGAUAACCGAGUUGGCUUGAUUGAUUGUUGAUGUCUUGGCAAGGGCUUCGGUUUUUCACAUGAGUCAGGAUUAAAAUGUAUCUUGUUGAAGCAGAAAGUGUUUGUCCCUUUUAACCUGCAGAAGAAGCAAGGUCAAGUUCAACCAUUUUAAUUUACAGACAGAUGAGGCUACACCUUUCCAACACAGGCAAUCAUGUUUUAAAGUUCAACUAAAUAAAUGCAAUUCCAUACAACCUUUCUCACAUUGAGGUCUUAAAAUGAAGCAACAUCAUGCAUUUGUAAUUCACCUUGUUCAUUUUGAUGAUCUUAUUCUCCCUUAAUAUGUAAGAUCUGUUCCCGUAACCUUAAGUGAACUUGACAGGUAACCUUCAUCAUGUGUUUUCAGCUUUAUCAUGUACGCCUUCUAGAUCUUCUAAACAUUUAUAGAUCAAGUUUCACUUCUUGGGAGUCAUUUUUCUUUUCUGACUAAACAAGAGCACACAGUUAUGAAGGCAUUUGAAGAAGCUAAUCAAAGAUCUUUUUUUGAGCUAGCUGAAGUACAAGCUUAACUUUGUAACGUACGGAGAACGGGGUCCAGGUCUUGUCAUGUUAUUUGUUGCUCUACUGAUUUGUACAUUAUUUGUGGUCUUUUACUACUGUAUACAAUAAAUAUAGUUUGGUACUCAGA